CAUUCGAGGAAAAAAAACAUUAAGCGAAGCCUCUGACGCAAAUUUUCAGCGUCUUUAAAUUACAUUUAUCGGUCAUUUUUUCCCCUUCUGUUCGUUUGAAUAUAUAUAUUUUGUUUACAAAUAUAAUUAGCGCGUAUUGUUUCUUUAACCGGACAACUCGUGGAUCUGAGGAUUAGAAUAGCAGAAUCUGGGACAAAGCCUGAGAGAGAAAGGUGGAUUUCGGAUCUGAUGUUUGUGAGUCACGGCUUAGAAGCUCUCCUUCGUGAAUCAUGGAAAUGCUACGUUAGUCAGUAAGGCAGGAUCUGUCCAGACCAGUCUCUAAAUGAAGAGCACCAGACAUGCAGUGUUCCUGGAAGGCAGUGAUCGUUCUGGCCUUGGCCUCCAUCGCCAUCCAAUACACCGCCAUCCGCACCCUCACUUCCAGGCCCUUCCAGCUGUGCCCAGCGCCCAGCUCCCAGAGCUGUGGGCCGGAGGGGGGCAUGGACAUGGAGCCCUCCUUCGAACGAGGAGCUGGGAGUCUCUGCGAGGACCCCCCCUUCCCCCACAGCGCUUCCCGGAGGACGCACAUUCUGGUCCUGGCCACCACGCGUAGUGGCUCCUCCUUCGUGGGCCAGCUGCUCAACCAGCAUCAGGAUGUGUUCUACCUGUUCGAGCCGCUCUACCACGUCCAGACGGCGCUCGUCCCGCGCCUCUCCCACGGCCGCUACGCCGCAGAGCGACGCGUGAUGCUGGGCGCCAGCCGCGAUCUCCUGCAGAGCCUGUACGGCUGUGACCUGGCUUUCCUGGAGAGCUACAUCCAGCCCGCGCCGGUCAACCACACCACGGACCGUCUGUUCCGGCGCGGUGCGAGCCGAGCGCUGUGCUCGCCGCCCGUCUGCCACGCCUUCCAGCCGAGCAACGCCAACGUGGAGGAGGGCGACUGCGUGAAGAGAUGCUCUGCCCUCAACAUCAGCCUCGCGGCCGAGGCCUGCCGGGAGCGACACCAUGUGGCCAUCAAGAUCGUCCGUGUGCCGGAGGUGGGAGACCUGCGCGGCCUGGUAGAGGACCCUCGGCUCAACGUGAAGGUGGUGCAGCUGGUGAGAGACCCCCGGGGGAUCCUCUCGUCCCGGAUGGAGACCUUCAGGGACAGCUACCGUCUGUGGAGGGUGUGGAGGGCCACAGGGAGGAAGCCCUACAGCCUGGACGCCAGUCAGCUGACGGUCGUCUGCCAGGACUUCUACAGCUCCGUAUCCACGGGACUCAGCCCUCCUGCCUGGCUCAGAGGGAGGUACAUGCUGCUGCGCUAUGAAGACCUGGCCAGGAGCCCGGUGGUAAAAACCAGGGAGAUGUACGAGUUCCUCGGGCUGUCCAUGGACGAGAGCGUGGAGGGCUGGAUCAGAGCCAACACCAGAGGCAGCAAGGAGAUGGCGGCGGCCAAACACAAGUAUGGCACUGUGAGAGACUCAGCGGCCAACGCAGAGAGCUGGAGACUGAAGCUGUCCUACGACAUGGUGGAGCACACCCAGGCAGUGUGCCAGAGGACCCUGCAGCUGCUAGGAUACAGGGCUGUUAGGACAGCAGGGGAGCUCAGGAACUUGUCUGUUUCACUGGUGCAGGACAAACGUGUUGUACCUUUUUUGUAACAAAAGAGAGUUCUGGAUUGCUAUUUUUAUAUAUUUAUAAAUGUUGCCUUA